AUGUCGAAGAGAGGAGCAAGUGAACAGAUUACUAGAGAGAAUCAUUUAGACCAUGAGUCAGAUGAUGAACAGAAGUCAGUGAAGCUGGCAUCUGCUAGUGUGUUGGCGAAGAGAAAAAUUCUUAAACCCAGAGGAAGAACGCCAGGGUCGUCGGUAGGGAGCUCUGCAUCGCCGGCACCGUCUUUUGGGUCGAGCACGGUGGGAAGCGGUGGGUUGUUUGGAAGCGUGAAGGCGCAGGAUGGAUUGAAGAGCACCGAGCCAGUGAAGCCAUUCACUUUUGCCAGUGGUAAUGCAUCGGAGAAAUCAGACGACAAGAACGAGAAAAUCAAGGCGUUGAACACGCAGUUUGUCGAGACGUUGAAUAAGAGCCAUAAGGAGGGACGUGUGGCGAACUUCACGGAGGCUGCGAAGAAAUACAUUGAGUACUACAGCAAAAUAGAACGCGGAGAUAUCAAAAUACCAGACAGCGAAUCAAGUAAACCAGCAUUUGAAGCAAAGACGUCCGUGCCAUUGUUUGGAAAUAUCACCAAGGCAGGAGAUCAAUCUGCCUCUUCUGUAAAACCAAAGCCAGCGGUUGAGACGAAACCAGAUUCUGAUUCGAGCUCUGACUCCGAGGAAGAAAUCAAAGUAGAGGGUCCAAAAUUCACUCUAAGCGCAAAGCCUACAGCUAAGAAUUCACCAUUUAGCUUUGGUCCCAAACCUGCAAAAAGGGUUGAUUCUGAUUCUGAUUCUGAUUCUGAAAUUGAAAUCAAGGGACCUACAUUCAACUUUAACAAACCUAUAAAAGACAAUGUAUUCAAAUUAGAUGGUGCCAAAUCUGCAUCAACCAAUGAGUCUAAUAACAACGCAUCUUCUCAGAAGAACGACUCUAAACCAGCAUUUUCCUUUG